CCGCGCCGUAUCGCAUGCUCGACUGGAUACACGCUCGGCGACGUCUUCGGUAUAUCGGCCGUGUCGCCUCGGGUCUGCGCUAUCUCGACCAGAAUUUGGGCUUUUGCGCGGCCUAUACGGCCGUCCUGGGGCACGCGCGGCGUGUGCGUUGUUGGUGGCAAGCCGAAACGAGGAUCCGGACGUUUCCUGACGGCCCAGUGUGGGCACGACUGUGUCGAUGCAGCGUCGAACCUCGCACUUUGCUGCCGUUGAGGCAAAGGCCAUCUCGACUGAGCCUGCGUGGGAGGCCCCGCGAAUGUCCGGAUAUGCGAGUCUCCCCGUUUGAACACGGGGGAAACGGCUUGCUAUACUCGGAGUUCGAGGGGACGAAUGUCCGCCGCUCCGAAGCGCCCGCCCCUGCUCACUCGCUCGGCACCCAGCCGCGCUAUAUAGGCCUUGAAGCGGGCUAAAAUGUCUUUGAAUCGCAUUUCCCCCGCCCGCUGUUCCCUUUGUGUCCCCCUUCGCCCGGCCACCUCUCCCGCUCCUGGCCUCUCUCUGCGUCGACCGGCUACGUCUACGCCGCCUACUCGGCCCGGCACCGCGACAUCUUGUGGGCGAGAGGACGCCUGAGUAGAGAUCGACACCGGACGGCGCGGGAUUUUGCUUGGAGGAGGGCAUGGGCGCGUGGGGAGUUUAUGCACUGGGAAACGGGCGCUUAGGAGGCAGGGGGAGCGCAUGUACUUUGAGCGACGCCAAACGACCGAGUGCGCGCGGUCAUGUAGUUAGGAACACAUAUGUAUGUCUACUCUAUGUACAUGUUUAUGACACGGC